AUGGAGAGGAGCAAUGAAAGCUCUGGAAACUUCAUCCUGCUGGGGUUUUCUGACCGGCCCCGGCUGGAGAUGGCUCUUUUUGGUGUGAGCAUGAUCUUUUACUUUCUGGCUGUCACCGGCAACUCCACCAUCAUCUUCCUCUCCCUGAUGGACCCGCGCCUGCACACACCCAUGUACUUCUUCCUGAGCAACUUGUCCCUUCUAGACCUCUGCUACACAACCAGCAGUAUCCCCCAGUUGCUGGCCAACCUCUGGGGCCCACACAAGACCAUCAGUUUUGUGGGGUGUGUCAUCCAGCUCUUUGCCUUCUUGUCUGUGGGAGGCAUCGAGUGCAUUCUCCUCUCAGUCAUGGCCUAUGACCGCUUUGUGGCUGUCUGCAAGCCGCUGCACUACCUGAGCAUCAUGCACCCCCAGCUAUGCCUCCAGUUAGCAGCCUUUGCCUGGCUCAGUGGCAUUGCCAAUUCCAUCCUGAUGUCCCCGCUGACAAUGUCCCUGGGGAGGUGUGGUCACCGCCGCAUCAACCACUUUGUAUGCGAGAUGCCGGCCAUCAUCCGCAUCUCCUGCGUGGACACCAGCCGGGUGGAAGGGCUGGCUUUCUUCUUGGCCAUCCCCAUCGUCCUUGUGCCUCUCACGAUGAUUCUGGUCUCUUACGGCUACAUCGCGGCGGCAGUGCUGAGGAUCCAGUCCGCGGCAGGCCGGCGCAAGGCCUUCAACACCUGCUCCUCGCACAUGGUGGUGGUCUCCCUUUUCUAUAGCACCAUCAUCUACAUGUACAUGCAGCCUGGGAAUGUGGCAAGCCAGGACCAGGGCAAGUUUCUCACCCUCUUCUACUGCUUGGUGACUCCCACGCUGAACCCCUUCAUCUACACGCUAAGGAACAAAGAUGUGAAGGCAGCCGUGUGGAAGGCUCUGGGCAAGGAUCGCAGCCUCCCGGACGCUGGAGGGCACGGAUAG